AAGCGAUUAGUAAUUUGACACAAAGCGACAUCACCGCUGAUGACAACACUCCCCUCAGUCCCUCACUCAGGCCUCGGUGACUCGGAUAUGCCACGUCGGCCGCACCAUGCACGUGACGCGGCACCAUUGUAAAUUUCCUUCAGUGCAACGUUGAGAAGAGAGAAAAAUAAAGAAAGAAAAAGACAGAGAGAAAGAGCGAAGAAAGGAGAAAGGAGAAAAACGAAGAAAAGCGGGCAAGAGAGGAAGGUCGUGAAGAAGAAGACUGCAGUGUGUUUAAUUAAAAGUGUGUGAAGAAAGAGCGAAAGAGAGAAAGAUAUUGAGUGAGGAGAAAGAAGGAGAGUGAUAAAAGGAGAAGAGACGUCUUGGCCAGUGCGUGAAAGCAAGGAAGCGGAAAAGAUAAUUAAUGAAAAAGAAGAAAAAGAGCAAGAUAACGAAGAAAAAAUAUAUAUAUAAUACCAAAAAAAAAUCUGUGAAAAUCAUAAAAAAAUAAGAUAUACAGAAAGUGAAAGGAAGUAAAAGAAAAAGAUGGUUAAUGAAAAUGAUGAAAAAAGAUGAGAAAAUAUAGUGAAUAGGAAGACAAAAUACACGAAGAACAAUAGUCAGUGAAAGUUACACAAAGAAAUAACAAAUAAAGGAGGUGAUAGAAAAAAAAGAAAAUAAAGCAGAGUAGAAUGAUAAAUAGAAACAUGACUAAAGAAAAAAAUAAAUUACAGAGGAAAUAAAAAAAACGAAAAUCACCGUAGAAUGAGAAAUAAAAUAUGACUAAAGGAAAAAAAACGAUAAAAAGAAGAAAUAAGGAAAGAAAACCACAGAAGAAAGUAAAAAACAAAUAUGAAUAAAAAAAAGCAAUAAAUGCGGAAAUAAAGAAAAUCACAUUAAUAAAAAAACAAACAAAUCAAAGAGAAAAUAAGAAAAAUAAAUCACAGUAGAAUGAAAAACAGAAAUAUGAAUAAAGAAAAAAAAUCAAUAAAAAACAAAACAUAGAAAAUCACAGUAAAGAAAAAGAGGAGAAAAUAAGAAAAUAAAAUCACAGUAGAAUGAAGACUAUAAAAAAAACAUGACAAAUAAUAUAACCAGAUAAAAGAGGAAACCAAUAACCAGAGUGAAGAAAAGUGAUAAGGUGAUGUUAAAAACUUUCCGCAUAAGAAUUCAAGAUAACUUUUUUUUUUAGUAUCUCCCGGUGUUCAUGUCUCCCUCCCGUGUCUCCCUCCCGCCAAAAUUGCCUCCCGCUGAACGAACUCUGGCGGGAAGAGACGAAAACACGCGAGGAAUGAGCGAAGAUUAAAUGAAGUCGUAGGAAAGAAAAACUUUGUGAGAAUAUAAAAGUUGCGGUGUUAUAAGUCUUUUGUAAACGAAGCAUAAUAAAGAAAAUAAAUAAUAGUAAUAGAGAUUGGAUUUACGAGUGCUGAGGACAGGAGGAUAUUCGUUUUAUUGAAGUAAGUAAUGAAGAGAAUGUGAAGAAAGAAACUAGUAUACGAUAGUGAAAAAAGAUAAAUGAGAGAAUAGAAACUGAUAAGAUAGUGAAAAAAUAGAUAAAUGAGAGGAAAGAGACAUGUGAAGAAGGAAACUGAUGAAGAAGAAUGUGAAGGAAAGAACGGAUGAAAGAUAGAAAGUGAAGAAAAGAAAAAGAAAAUGAUUUUGAGCAUUGUCGAAAUAUAAAAUAAAUACCAGAUAAAAAAACUACACCAACAUAACAUAUUAAAAAGAAGAGGAAGAACACGAUUUGAGUAUUAGAAGAAAAAAUGAGAAAAUAAAAAAUUAGUCACUUUUCCAACAAAACAACAACAACAACAAAGGCAAUAACAGCCUCAACAAAGGUCUAAAUAAAAGUAAUUAUCCACCUUUUCAAGAGUCCCAAAGGAGGACCUAAAUUACCCAUUAGCCCAUUAAUUAAUCACCUGUUGUCAGCCCGCUUAGGUAAUUAACACCUUUAAUCUCCCAUCACAGGUGCGAAAAACAAGGACAAGAAGAACAGAAGGAAGGCAAACGUUUAGUAAAGAAAGGAGAGAAAAAAAAAGAGGAUAGAAGGAAGAGCAAGAGCAAGGAAGAAAAUAAUUAAAAGCCUCAAAUACAAAAGCUAAUUUAGAUAAGGAAAAGUAAGGAAGGAAAACAUAAGGAAAGGAAGGGAAUGAGAAAGAUAAAAUAAAAAGAGAAGAAAAAAAAUAGUGGAAGAAAGCAAAAUUAAAUUAGGAAAGUAAGAAAGAAAACUAAACAAAAAGAUAAGAUAAGGGAAAAGAGGGUAAAACAGAAUGAUAAAUUAAAAAGAGAAAGAAAAAGAAGAUUGAAUAGGAAAAAAGUAAAACAGGAAAACAGGAAUACGAAAUAGUUUAAAAGGACAAAAAGAGAUAAAAGAGGAGGAAAGGUAAAAAAAUAGGAAGGAGAAAACGGAAUAGUAAAGUGUGGCUUGAAAGAAAGAGGAUAAAGGAAGGAAAAAUAAAUACAGGAAGGAGGAAAGGCGAAACAGAAAGGAUAAAACGGAAUAGUGAAGUGUGGUCGAAGCGGCGCCUGUCUUGCUGUUUGCUCCUCUUCUCGUCUGUUUGUUCUUUCGGCGAGAUUCUGGUUCGCGACGCGCCGGGUGUGAGCGAGCGAGGGAGUGAACGAAGCUUCGGACCGGUUUGUGAAGCCUCGAAUCGUGUGCCCCGCGUUGGAUCUUUGGGCCGAUCCGGUUCAUGUCGUUGCUGUUGUUGUUGAUACCUCGUGAAGCAGAGUGAAGCCUUUGACGCGCCUAAUGAAUGCAGUUUAUUCUCGACCGGAGCGUUUGAAGCACCGAAGCAUGUAUCGUUUGAACCUCUGAAGCAUGUAUCGUCGCCGAGUUAAUGAAUCGUUGAAGCAUGCCAAGUCUUGAAGAGUAUAUCUAUAAAUCAAAAUAAGCUUACUUGUUAACUGAAGCCUUUAAAACUAUCAAGAUAAUUAUAUAUAUGUAAGUGAACGAAGCUUUACGAAUCGCCAAUAUAUGAAACGAAGCAGCUUAUGAAACGCCAAAUUAUCCCCGAAUUGAAGCUUUCCAAUCGCCAAAAAUAUAUCAAGCUUACAAAAGUAUAUCAAAUCUAACCUUUUUGAACCUUAUGAACAUUGUGAAGGGAACAUAGAAGUUUAAUAUAUCAACGUUCAUACCUUAUCUGAGCCUUACGUUCGAAGUUCCGUGAACGAACGAAGCUCUCCGAAGCGACCUUAUUUAACCUUGCCUGUCUGUUGAGUCUGUGUCUGUCGGUUGACCUAUCUGUCUGUCCUUCCUGGUAGAUAGUUCUCUCUAGCGGUGAGUUUAGCAACCACCUCAACCAUCACCACCACCACCAUCACCGAACCACGCGUCGAAACCUCCUCCUCCCCCCCCGGUGCCUCGAGCUCUCUAGUCAACCACUUUUAGAAACCACUUGUGGGAAAAAACCGGUUGUAAACAAGUAAUGCCAAGUAAGAACAAAAUCCUGUAGUCGUGUGUUGUAGUCGGUGUUCUCCUUGAGUUGUCGGUUGUUAUCACAUUUUUCAUAAACAAACAAAUACGUGUCGUUUAGAAGAAAAGGAAAAGAGAAAGUGGAAAAUAGCGUAUCGCAUUUCUAUACCAAACGGACGAGUCGGUUUUCUAUUCGGUUCGUCGUUUUCGUUAUCUGGUGGACUGGUUUGGACGCCUUGGCAGCCCGGCCGGUGCACGGAGGGCCCCGCACCGCCCCUCACCCGUACGGUAGCCAGCAGCCUCUAGGACACAGUAGCACUAAGUAACAAGCAGCGUUAAGGACACUCCCGUCGAGCCCGCCCAGGCCUCUCAUACUCCUCUUCCGGAACGCUAAGAAAGAAGCAAAAAAAUUAUACCUACUCAAAUGCAUGAACUUUGUGAUUACGAAAACUAAGCUUUGAAAAAAGUUAACCCAAUAAAUCUUUAAGGUUUUUGGCCACUUGAAUUUCUCUCGUUUUGGCAUUUGAAUAUUUGGAGGAGAAUAAAAAGAGUAAGAUAAAUAUAAAGUAACGUAGGAGUAGUGUUUAAGGUAACUGUUGAUUGUUAAAACCAAAUUUCAUGUUCCUUCUCGGCCUCAUGUAUCCGGCGACAACACUUAAGCAAUAACAAAAAGUAUAUAUUUAAACGUAAAAAAAUACGUAGUUUCUAAGAAGACUCGGAAAUCCGACUUGAUCCUCUUUUCUCUGGCUUUUUGAAGGAUCAAAACCUUUGACGCGACAAUAAGCACACUAAACUUAAAAAAGAUCAGCGUAAAGUGGGAUCCAGCAGCUUCUCCUUCCUAUAAUCCCCGUGAAAUACCAGAGUCCCCGUGAACCUUUUAGUAUCGAAAUUGGGGCGUUUGGAAUCCACUUCAGCGCCGCUCUCAACGCCUCCACGAGCAUCGGAAACCUAUUAGGCUCUUCGAAACUGUCUCUCGGCCCCCUCGUGAAGCUCCGAGCCCACUAUGUCCUGCAGAGCUAUGAGUUUGACCCCCACCAGUGCUUCGACCCUCGUUCCGAACCCCCGAAGCACCCGCGCCGCCACUGAGGCUCAUCUUCGCCGCCGUUCACUUCGAAACCUCUGCGCCGACAUCGAAGAGAAAGCCUCCAGCCGAAGCCUCCCACUCUCCUUUUUCCUCCACUCCUUCUGCUGCUUCGAAAUCUGUCUCGAGUUCAGUCUUGAAGCUUCACUAUGACUGCUGCUUCGCCUCCUAGGGUUCGAACCGCCCCCUGACAAGAUAGAGUCGCCGGAACGAAGCACAGUGACUCGUUCGAAGCCCCGUUUGAAGCGUUUGUCUCCCUCGAGUGGUUGUCUCUCCCCUGACGUGGGUCGUUGUGGAGUUUGCGAGGAAGAAAACGAGAACAGCCAUAGAAAACGCGAUCCACACAUCACAUUGGUAUCGUUUUCUCCUUUACUUCUCCUCCGUCUUCUCUCUUUCUUCGCUUCCUCCUCUUCCUCUUCCUGCUCCUCCGACUCUCCCGUUUGCUUCAAAGAAAUACAUACGAGCGUCGGGUGUUUGUUUGCCUGCCUGUUUGUUUGUUGUUGUUGUUGAGAGUUGGUAACAAGCAAGAUAUUGAAAACGUGAGAGAGAGAGAAGAUAGACAAAUAGAUAGAAAUAGUGAUACAGAGAUUCGAAUUUAAGAAAGAAGAAGAAAAGAAUGAAAAAGUGAGAAGGUACAAAGAAAACUAGUGUGAAAUAAGGAAGAAAGAGAAGAAAGAAACGAAAAAGAGUUAGAAAAAUAAAGUGAGCAAGAAAGAGAGAGAGAAGAUAGACAAAGAAAUAGAUAUAGUGAUACAGAGAUACGGAUUUACGAAAGAAGGAGAAGAAAAGAAGAAAAUAGUGAGAAGGUACAAAGAAAACUAGAGUGAAAUAAGUAAGAAAGAGAAGAAAGAAACGAAAAAGAGUUAGAAAAAUAGAGUAAGCAAGAUAGUUAGAAAAAAAGAAAAAGAGAGAAAUCACAUAGACACGAAGUUUUAGAGUAAGAAAUUGAAAGUGGGAGAGUAAGAGUAAAAUUCAAGUAAGGAAAUAUCACCUCUACUACGAAACACACUUAAGUUAGUUCCUUUAGUAGCCAAGUUAAGGAAGCUACUCCCCAUUAAGAGAAAGUUGUCCACCUGUCUGUCUGUCUGUGUCUGUCUGUCUGUCUGUUACCUGGGCAACUUUCUAUCUUUCCACUACCACGCUCUCCUUCCACUAAUACAAGAGAGCUCAUUCCACCAUUCCACCAAGACAAAACUGCCAUUCCACUUCAAGAGAGAGAAAGAGAGCUCCUUUCAUGCUGACUUGCCAUUUCUAAAGAGCUGUCAUUCCACUACAAAUAGGAGCUCAUUCCACUUUGAUACUUCUGCCAUUCCACAUAUAUCCGUUCUCAUUUCAUUACCAUCGUGAAGUGAUCCGAAUAAAGCUUUCAUUCCACCAACACAAGACUGUCAUUCCUUUUUCGAGUAAGCUUUCAUUCCAUAACAAAUAUAUCUUCGAGAGUUCAUUCCGUUUCGGUAAGCCUCUCAUUUUACUGCCAUAGGACUCAUUCCACUGCUCUCAUACCACCACAAGGCUUCACUUCUCUAGAGCUCUCAUUCCACAACGGCAGAGUCCACAGUCCACACCCAGAGCUUAUUAUAAUACGAUAAGGGGCUCAUUCCACUUACUGAGAACUCUUCUACGCUGAGCUUUCCUUCCACUACUCUUAAUCGUCAUUCCACACUCAUUCCAUCACCUUAAAGGAAGAAUUGAUUGAGUGAAAAUUAGGUUGAAAAACAGCCGCUAUCACCAAAGAGGAAGAAAGAUUUAGGAGAAAGAAAAAAAGAAAAAACUGAUUGACUGAUUGAAAGUUAGAAGGUGGAGAAAAAAAGGCCAGAUUAUCGCCUCAAGAAGAUUUAGAGGAAUAAGAAAGAAGGUAGGAAGAAAAAAGGAAAAACGGAUUGAUUAAAAGUUGCAAAGUGGAAAAAUAGUCAAGGUUGUCAACAGAAGAAGAGGAAAAGGAUAAGUAGGAGGAAGAAGAUAGGACGAAGAGAGGAAAGAAGAAGAUAAAGAAGACCCAAGCAACACACAAUUCCAAGGAGGAAGUUGAAUUCGCCCAAUCACUGAAGGAAAAAAGAAGUUUAAAUUCCAAUCUCGGGAGGAAGUUUUGAAGGCUCUGAUUCCAAUGAAAACUUGAACCCUAAUCGAAAGGAAAAGUUUGAAUCCCUCCUAAUCCCGAGUGAUAGACUUUGAAUAGCCGAAUCACAAAGAAAACGUUUAAAUACGCCCCAAGAAAUAAGAGUUUAAGGAGGAAGGGAAAAAAAAGGAGAAAAAGUGAGGCGAGUUUUUUGUUCUCCAAACCACGACCGUGAAAUUGAAAAAAAAAAAUUGUAAGAUACCCAAAAAUAUCUUAAGUUGAGAAAUCCAUUUUGCGAAAAGUUCAUAGUAUCGUUGAAUGCUUAGAAAAGUGGAAGAGUUAAGGUGGAUAUUAAAAGGUAAAGUUAAUAUGAAAAAAAGCCAAAUUGGAUCCUAACCACGUAACAAACAAGUCCGAAUCUACGUUGCAAGAUACAUUCCAAUCCUACUUUUUUGUGCGUUUCGAUCUCCGCAACAAAAAAUAAGCAAAACAGCCACAAAAAAAAAAUCGUAACACCACUGUAAGAUAGAUUCAAAUCCAAUUCUCGCGCGUGUCACUUCAAAUGAGUCCCCCUUGUGAGGCGUAGAAAACGGAAACUUUGUGAAUCCUUUUCUUGAUACGCGAGAACAAGUUUGGAUCCCACGCACAACAACCUCCUGGAAGAAAAAAAAGGCGUUUAGUGCUGUGCGGAGAGUGAAGAGAGAGAGAGAGAGCAAAGUUAUUUAUAGUGAAAGAAGAGUGAGAGAAAAAUAAUGUGAUAUGAAAAGCCUGAUACUGAGAGCAAUAAUACAAACAAAAAAUAAAGUUCCUUCACACAAAGUAACAAAUACAACUCAUAAUACAAUAAAUAUAAGGUAAAGAAAACGGGAAUUGACACGACUACCACAGAAAACGACAAAAAAGGAAGUCACCACAAAGCUCGUGACACCAAAACCAAGACCGAGACCAGCGGCGACAUGAUGACAGGAGCACUCGGCAGGAGGGUGGUAGCGGGGGUGGUGAUAACCGCCGACCCCCUGCUCCUGCUGCUCCUUCACCUUCUGCUGCUGCUGCUCUCCGCCUCGUCCUCCACAGCCAUGCAGGACGCCAUCACGGACCAGGAAGUGACGGUGACAGUGGACGGGGUGGAGGGCGAGAGCGCGUCCGUACCCUGUGACCUCUUCCCCACUGACCCCGAGGACAAGGUCAACCUCAUCCUCUGGUACAAGGACGACGCCAAGGACCCAAUAUACAGUUACGACGCCCGCCUCGCCGUCUUCGCCAGCGAGCGCCACCACCUGAAGGAGCACAACCUGAAGGGGCGGGUGGUGUUCACGCCCUCGCCCGGCCAGCCCAUCCCGCACACCCUGACGCUCAGCAGACUCUCGGCCAGCGACGGCGGGACGUACUCGUGUCGGGUGGACUUCAUGCGCGCCCAGUCCACAACGCGGGCGGCGAGGCUGCGGGUGGUGGCGCCGGUGGAGAGCCUCAUCAUCACAGACUCAGGUGGUGACCCCGUGCCGCCCAACCUGUCACCCAUACCCGAGGGAGGGACGCUCAACCUCACCUGCACGGCCCGGGGAGGCCGUCCCCAGCCCAAGGUGUCGUGGUGGCUUUCGGAGUCCAUCAUCGACGACUCCUUCAGCAGCACGGCGGGCACUCCGGCGGGCGGCAGCGACUCCAUCGUGUCCAACACCCUCAUCAUCAACCCCCUGACGCGCGCCCACGCCCACUCGGUGCUCACCUGCAAGGCCGCAACCGCACCUGUCGCCGUCACCACCACCACCGUCACCAUCGACAUGCACUUGCGCCCCCUCAUGGUGGACAUCACAGGGGCCGCCGUGGGGGGCUCCGUGCGGGCGGGUGACCUCCUUGACCUGACCUGCACGGCGCGGGGGUCAAGGCCGCAGCCCAUCAUCACGUGGUACAAGGGCGCCACGCUCAUCCACACGCAGAACACGCAGCGGGUGAGUCUGUACCGGAUGACUGGAUGGAAGGACGUGACAGGCAUGGGCGGAGUGAGUCACGUUCGCGUCACGGUGCAGCGCCGCGACAACGAAGCACGCAUUACCUGUCGAGUCAGCAACCCCGAGCUGCCGCUACACACUCUCCAGGACCACGUGGUCAUCAACGUUACCUACGCCCCUGAGGUGGAGCUACGCGUGGGCUCACCUCUGGAGGGCACCGUCGUGAAGGAGGGAAAUAACCUGUACCUCACCUGCCACGUAGACGCCAACCCGCCCCCGCACAGCCUCGUCUUCCUACACCAGGAUAUCGAAGUGCGGCAGGACAAGGCGGAGCGCGUGAUGGUCAACGGGAACAACUUGGUCCUCAACAGAAUACGCAGGACCCAGGCCGGCGAGUACUCCUGCCGCGCCACCAACUCCGAGGGAACGGGCAAGAGCGUCCCCCUCAACAUAACGGUCCUGUACGCCCCAGUGUGUGCCGAGGAGGCCGACGUGUGGGGUGAAGUUGGCUCCACCGUGCGGGCUUUCUGUAGAGUCCACGCCUCCCCCAGCGCUCCCAUCCAGUUCUCGUGGGUGUGGGUGACGCCUGGGUACUCCCGCCGCGUCGUGCCCCCCCUCAUCACCUCCACAGGCACCUCGUCGUCCGUUAACUUCACCGUGCCUCGAGAUAACGUGACAGAUACUGGCGUCGCUGCGGCCAAUCUCGGGGUCCUGCAGUGUUGGGCCCAGAACAACGUGGGGCGCCAGGAGAAACCGUGUGAAGUGGUCGUGCGGAAGCCAGCUCCUCCGUCAGCGCCCGUUAACUGCACCCUCACGGAGUCUGGGCGCGCCGUGGUCACCGUGAGCUGUCAGCCCGGUAACCCGCAGUCCCGGACGGAGAGUUACCUGCUCAAGGUGUGCGGCGCCAAGAACAGGAAACUCUGCCACAACUUCAGCAACCCCGUGCCCAGGUUCACCGUGCGGGGCCUCACCUCCGGCCACGACUACGAGGUGUACGUGUCCGCCUCCACGCCCUAUGGUCACUCCCCCUUCCGGCUGGUGGAGGCCUUCACCUUCAAGACGGCCGAGAACAGAAUGGCAGGCAGUGAGACGGACCAGCCCUCCUUCUACACCAUCGUCAUGUUCGUGGGCGGCGUGGGGGCCAUCAUCGUCCUCGUCAUCAUCCUCAUCGCCCUCAUCAGACUCAGGAUGCGGCGGUCCAGUCACAAGUGUUCGCGGCGGCCCAUCACGUCCUCCACCUCCGAGAUACUGGAGAAGGAUGCGGCCACGGACAAGCGUUCCACUGAGGCCAAGGGCGCCUCGGCGUCGUCCAGCGACAACCACGUGGGCAAGGCAUCGUCGGGCGGGGCGGCCGGGACCGCGGGUGGCGCAGUGCGUGACCCAGCGCGGCCCCGAGAGGCUGUGCCCCUGCAGCCCAUCAUCCGGCAGCCGUCGCGGCCCAUCAUCAAAGAGAACAGCCGCACUUCCGACAACGGCAAGGCGUCGCAGGGCCGCACGGUGCUGUUCGUGGAGCCGCCCAAGCCCGCCGCCGGCAUCCUGGUCAACAAGAACGAGGUGCCGCGCACCAGCCACGAGGGGCUCUACUCCAGCCGCCGCAGCCUCAAGGGGCCCAACGGGGACGUUGGGCCGCACGGCUACGGCUCGCACGCCCCGCACGGCUCGCACGGCUCCCGCGGCUCCUACCCCGACACGCUGCACAGCAUCCACAUGGGUCGCGGCUUCGACUACGACCGCGACCGCGACCCGCACCUGUACCGUGACCGCGAGGUGACGCUGGGCCGAUACCGCAGCGUGUCCGACGACCGCGGCCACGUCGGGGACCUGCUGGCCCCGCAGUACCUCUCCACCUCCUCCACCUCCCUGGGGCGCGAGGGGCCCUACGGCUCCCCGCGUGGCCUCUUCCGCGGCCCCGGCCCCCCGCCGUCCUACAGCUCCAGGGAGUUUGCCCGUGACCCCAGGGACAGGGACAGGGACAGGGACCUGCCCAGGGAGCGGGAUCUCCACCGCGACAUGUCCCGCGACCUGCCCCGCGACCUGCCGCCGAGGGAGCGUGACCUGCCCCCUCGUGACCUGCCCCCUCGUGACCUACCGAGGGACCGUGACCUGCCGCCGCGUGACCUGCCCCCGCGUGACCUGCCCCGGGAGCGUGACCUGCCUCCCCGGGAACGAGACUUGCCCCGUGAGCGUGACCUGCCGCGGGACCUGGCGAGGGAACGUGACCUUCCGCCGCGGGAGCGUGACCUGCCGCCCCGGGAGCGUGAUUUGCCCCGUGACUUGCCUCGGGAUCGGGACCACCUGCGGGACCACCCCCGGGACCGUGACCUGCACCCCCGGGAGCGUGACCUGCACCACCCCCGGGAUCGGGACCACGGACCCCCUUUCAGCGGCCGCAGCUUGAGCCACGAGUACGACCCGCUGCUGCCGCGCUCCCCGCCCGCCGCCCUCAUGAAGAAGUCCCCCAGCGUGAGUGCCUCGGUGGGCCGCCACUACGAGCCGCCGCCGCGCCGCCAGGACGGCACCGUGUACCGUUCACUGCCGCGCCCCGGCAAGUCCCGCGGCCCCGAGGAGGACGCGCUGCUCAAGUACCGCUCCUUGGACCGCCGCUUUGACCUGCCCUUCAGUGGCUCCCUGCAGCGCGUGGAGCCCGAGGAGGUGGACGAGGGGGAGAGGCACCCCCCGCGGCGGUACAGCGCCUCCUCCAGGAUGCGCUUCGGGGACGAGAAGCAUUUCCACGUGUACCACGAGAAGGAGAAGGCCAAGCCGCAGGAAGGCCUCGACGACAUGGACGAGAGUUUUGUAUGAAAUGUUUUAUGAAAUAUAUGUUUUUAUUGGUGUA